AUGACAGAGUUGGAGGAGAGCCUAAACAGUGUGAACCUUGAGGGUAACGAGUGGAAGACCCGAUACGACACGCAGUUGGAGCUGAACGGUCAGCUGGAACGUCAGAUCACACUUGUUCACGAAAAAAUGGAGGACCUGCAGAGAAACCCCAUGGAUCGAUUAGCCUCAAUACGAUCCUAUUAUGAGGUUCCAGUGGAUGCACUGAGGCAGAGGCUGAAGGUCCUGACCAAUGAGAAGGCAGCGCUGCAGGGUCAGCUGUUAGACUGCAGACUGAGGAUUGAACAGGAGGGGAAGGCCUUUUAUAAAGCCAACGCUGUGAGGCGUGUGUACCUGUCAGAAAUAGCUAAGUUGUCAUCAACCCUGGAUGUCACCAGGCGGCAAUACCAGGUCCAGCCACAGAGGGAGAGGGCGCCAGAGAGCCAGCAGUACCCCGUCCAGCCACACAGGGCACUAGAGAGCCAUAUGAGGAAGUGA